UAGCGUGGGGCUGCCCGAGUGUUACAAAAAUUCCGAGAGAUCAGGGGAAUAUUUGGUGGGCGGUUCUAGGGUGGGGCUGGGGGCUUGGCUCCCACCCUGGCUCCACCCUAUGCGGGGAUUAUAAAUAGGUGCUGGGUGCGCUCUUGGAUGUUGAGUAAGAGUUGGCGGUUGGAUGUAGAGCAUCACUGGAGACCUGAAAAGAAGGACUUCUUUGAAGGAUUUGUUGGCUGGAAGAGGUGUCUCUGGAAUUCCACUUCUAGAUCUCUCCUGAAGACUUGAAAAGAAUUAAGUUAGGGCCAUGGGUACCCAGAAGGUCACUGCUCCUCUGAUCUUUGCCAUCACCGUGGCUACCAUAGGCUCUUUCCAAUUUGGCUACAACACCGGCGUUAUCAAUGCUCCGGAAACUAUCAUAAAGGACUUUAUCAAUUACACUUUGGAAGAGGGCUUAGAAAACCCUCCCAGUGAGGAGCUGCUAACGUCCCUCUGGUCCUUGUCAGUGGCCAUCUUCUCCGUUGGUGGGAUGAUUGGAUCCUUUUCCGUUGGACUCUUCGUCAACCGCUUUGGCAGGCGCAAUUCAAUGCUUAUUGUCAAUCUAUUGGCAAUCAUUGGUGGCUGCCUUAUGGGAUUCUGCAAGUUAGCCCAGUCAGUUGUGAUGCUGAUCCUGGGCCGGCUGAUUAUUGGCCUCUUCUGCGGACUCUGCACAGGUUUUGUGCCCAUGUACAUUGGAGAGGUAUCUCCCACUGCCCUGCGGGGGGCCUUUGGCACUCUCAACCAGCUGGGCAUCGUCAUCGGGAUUCUGGUGGCCCAGAUCUUUGGCCUGAACGUCAUCUUGGGGACCGAAGAGCUUUGGCCUGUGCUGUUGGGCUUCACCAUCCUCCCGGCUCUCCUGCAAAGCAUAGCCCUUCCAUUUUGCCCAGAGAGUCCUAGGUUCUUGCUAAUUAACAAAAAGGAAGAGGAUAGUGCUAAGAAGAUCCUCCAGCGGUUGUGGGGCACACAGGAUGUGACUCAGGACAUCCAGGAGAUGAAAGAUGAGAGUGCCCGGAUGGCCCAAGAAAAGCAAGUCACUGUGCUGGAGCUCUUCAGAGUGCGGAGCUACCAACAGCCCAUCAUGAUUUCCAUCAUGCUCCAGCUCUCUCAGCAGCUCUCCGGAAUCAAUGCUGUGUUCUAUUACUCAACGGGAAUCUUCAAAGAUGCAGGUGUCGAGGAGCCAAUCUAUGCCACCAUUGGUGCUGGUGUGGUUAAUACCAUCUUCACUGUAGUGUCUCUGUUUCUGGUGGAAAGGGCAGGAAGAAGAACUCUGCAUAUGACUGGCCUUGGGGGGAUGGCGGUUUCCUCCAUCUUCAUGACUAUUUCCCUGUUGUUAAAGGAUGAGUACAACUGGAUGAGCUUUAUCUGCAUUGGGGCAAUCUUGCUCUUCGUGGCCUUCUUUGAAAUUGGCCCGGGCCCCAUUCCCUGGUUUAUUGUGGCCGAACUCUUCAGCCAGGGACCCCGCCCAGCUGCUAUGGCAGUGGCUGGCUGUUCCAACUGGACCUCCAACUUUUUGGUUGGACUGCUCUUCCCUUCAGCUGCUUUCUAUUUAGGAGCCUACGUUUUUGUGGUCUUCACCGGCUUCCUUGUGAUCUUCUUGGUCUUCACCUUCUUCAAAGUCCCUGAGACUCGUGGCAGGACUUUUGAGGAAAUUACACGAGGCUUUGAAGGGCACCCGAUGGAGGCUCACCGAGCUGAGAAGGGCCACCACGGGGAUAAGGAGGCCACCACCAAUGUCUAAGCCAUUCUUCCUUCCCACCUCCCUCCCAACGUGAAAGCAACCUCUCCCCGAGUGGCGGAGAGACCGCAUCAGGUUGUAACCCAGGACUGUUUCUGAAUGCUGCUACUUGAUUCUUUUGUCAGCCCACACUCCAUGAGCACUCAGAGGAUCCCAAUGCUGGGGUUAGUUGUAUCUUCAAUGGCUUUUUAAACAUUUCAUUUCUUGGACAUUCUCUUCUGUUUAGGAGAGACCAAGUGAACCUACCUUCAUUUCAGGAGGGACUGGCUACUUGGCAUUUGAUAGCUUUGCCAGCUCUUCCUCCCUUAAGUUCUAAUAUUUGCUUCAUCCAGGCAUGUAGGGGAGAGAGAUCCCCCCACCUCAGACUCACCAGGAAACAGAUCACUGGAGUGUGUGGGAGGCAGAGAGGGUUUACAUACGAGCACCUGCCUCACUUCCAUACAGUGCUGCAGAGCAAAUCGAUUUGAGUUGUAUUUAUUUUAUCUUCUGGUUUUACUGCAUAAAUAUUUAUUUUUUUAAGUGUAAUUUUACCAAAUAAUGAAAACAUAAGGAAAUAGAGGUUAGAGGGAGGUGUUCAAAGAGUUUAUGGGGUGGAAGUUUUGAUACUGGAGAGGUUAUAGUUUAAUAAGGGAAGAAUUUAGGCAGAAAUCUAAUGUGUUAUUGGAGAGUAUAUGAUGGGGCGUGUGAGGUUUGCAUGUUGCCUCUUGACAGUGUCUGUCCUUCAGAUGGAAUGUCUCAAGUUCAGUUUUUCGAAGUCACGUGCCUGUAUAAAGAAGCUACUGGUUUCCUUGUAAAGAAGCUACUGGUUCCUUGUGAACCCUCUUCUUUAAGAUUAUACGUAGUAUUACUUGAAAUCUAGUAUUAUUACUAAGAUGGGCAUUGUAGUUGAUGGUGGUUGAUGGGUUCUGAUUUUGGAUGGUGUCCCAAGAGGGGAAGGUGGUUUGUGGAAAUCAGUCCUCUCCUCCCCUCACUGGAGCAAACAACUUCCUUUUAUGGUGGACUCAGCCUUUUUUUUUUUUAAUGCUCCUACCACUCAUCUGGUGGAAGAGCAACAUAAAAUAUUGGUUCUAGGUAAAGGUUUGUUUUUUUCUCCACUUUGUUCUUUAGGUGAUUUUAGAGGUUUAGAUUUUUUUUAAGUUUUGUUUUAAGCCAUAGCUUUAAAGGAAUUCAUAGGAAAGUGUUUGUAGCUAAGCUGGAUUUGCAGCCUUGGCCCUGGGAGAGGUUUUUUCCUGAAUGAUUGUUACCUAGUUGAAGUAUGUUAUUGCUUUGGGGGCAGCUCGUGUUUGUUUAUGUCUGUUACCAUGUCAAGUUACUCUUGUCACCAUGUCACCGUAGUAUUAAGUCAGGGGCCCUAGGAGCACGCGAGUCUUCCCCGUAGACCACAUGUGAGAUGGUGUGAGUAAAUGUGCAGUGUGGCCCACACUUGAGAGUAUGAAUGUAUGUGCACUGUCACUUUGCUCUGGGUGGAAGCAGUUUACUGGUAACUUGUAACCUCCGUUCCUAUAGCCCCCCUUUGGAUGGGAUGUGUCUGAGUAACACUGCUGGGCGGCGUUUGCAUCAGUGGCUUAUUCCUAACAUGUAGGGAGCUCCGCCUCACUCUAGAUUCUGAAGGUGGGAGUAGGAGAGUGUGAGAUCAGGACAAGUGGCAAACUAGGGGAGCCAGAGGGAAGCCAUGGGGGGAGAGGGAGGCAUUCUUUUCAAGGGGAUAAGAAACACUCUGGGGACUUGUAAAUCUGGAAGGCUUGCACUUGCUGUAGGUCAUGGACACCUCCACAAUCUAGUUUCCCAGUGUUUUUAUAAGUGGAGAUAGGGCCCCAGCGAUUCCCUCUCUUCCCUUUUUUGUGUGUUGCUUGGUCUCCCUUCCCCUCCUUGGUGCUUACACAUUUCAGGCCCUUUAGCCAAAUCCUUGCCUAUGACAAUAUCUUAGUUUUCGGUUCUUGCCAUUCCCCGGGGUCAUUGAGCCUCUGGAUAAAAACUCACAGAGCUGUGGUGUGGAGCUUUGCUGGGACGGGUGACGUUCCUUCAGCCUCACCUCUGCUUUCAGCUCCUCAAAAACUGUGGGUUGGCAGUAACGCUAUGUGGAAGUUUUCCCAUUUUUCAGUGACCAGAUUGUGAAUAUUUCUAAAUGUUUUAUAUUAUUAAUGUUACUGUGGUUUUUUGUUUUGAAAUAAAAAUUCUGAAUGUA